AUGCCUCACUUGCAAAACAGCGCUUUCCUCUCGUCGGAUUCAUCGGAUGCCGAGAACGAGGAUUUCGAGCAAAUCGCAAAUCCUCGUCCAGUGCCCGUGUUGACCGCUCUCUCGCCACCGAUGCAUCAACAAAGGUCCAACUCUUCAUCGGUGAUUCCUCAACGAUUUGACGCUACACCGCAAGCAAACGAUUCUGCCCGGCAAACGAUGUCCUGCCAAUGGUUUCCUGCCGGGAUUCCAACUGCACCUACUCCAAAUUUGCCGCAAUUCCAAUCAGCUCCACAUUCAAACAAUGCCGGGCCUCCGAAUUUUGCUGAUAAUGGGAUGCCAUCGCAAUUUCCAAUGGUCUCCCCGCAACCGGGCUUUCCUCAAAUGCCACCUCAAGUUCAACAGAUGCCCAACGGAAACAUGAUGGGAUUCAUGCAAGAUCCAAAUUUUAUGCAACAAAUGAUGUUCUUCAUGCAACAAAUGCAGCUGCAAGCGCAACAAUCGAUGCAACAAAAUGGGGCAUUCAAUCCAAAUCCAGCUUUCCCGGGCUAUGGAAUGCAACCAAUGCAAGGCAUUCAACAGCUACCCCAGGCUCCACCCGCUUACUCAGCAUCACAAACUCCCGUUCCACAGAAAUCCAAGCCAAAACCACAAAAUGGCAAGCCAAAAGAGGAAAAAUGUAUCAAAGCGGGCGGAGAUCGAACGAAACUGGCCAAUCUGAAGCGCUCUUUGGACGAGUAUCGACAAGAACGAGCCGCUAUCGAGCACGCCUUGCAAUCCGGCGGAAACCAUCAGCAACAGAUCACCACUGAUGAUGUCAAGAAUAUGAAAGCCAUCCUCUUCGCAUUGCCUCAUUUUGGAGCAAAACUCAAAGAACUCUUUGAGCAAACUGUGCGCGGAUAUUCGAUGAAUCAACAACAAAGCGUGCAAAAGUUUGCCCCACCAACGUACACUGCAGCCUCUUCUUCUGGUGGUGGAAAGAAACGUGGUUUCAUCGGCAAGCUUCGCCGCAUCUUCCCCAAA